AUGGCUUAUGAAAGAUUAGUGAAGAGGGCAAGAAGUAAGAGACAUGGCGCUCGUAGAGGUCCCAACUCCACCACUACGAUGAAGGAAAUUACAUGUCACAAUUCUACUGCUACCAUAAAAGCGCUUCCGAGAGACUUAUUAGUAGAGGUGAUUGCAACUCUAGCUUCACAAUCCUUCAUUGACCUUCACACAAUCAAAACGUGUUCUAAAGAUUUUCUUGACGCAACAAAAGAUAGCUAUGUUUUGCAAAGAUUUUCUUUGGACACGUUCCCGUUAAUUCAUUGGUCUCCUAGCGACAAAACAUCAUGGUUCUUGAAUCGUUGUAGGGAAUGUGGAAACAUUGAAAGCUUGUACCGAGAAGGGUUGCGAGAGUAUUUUAAUUAUCCACAUGGAAAGAUUGAUGGUCUUGAGAUCUUGAAGGUGGCUGCUCAAAAGGGUCACAAUGAAGCAAUAUAUGUGUACGGUAUGAUUUCCUUAUGCUCCAAAGAUGAUGAGUUGAGAAAACAAGGACUCGAGCAUGUCCGUCUUCUGAGGAAGUCCAAGUGUGUUGUAAGUAGCAGGAACAAUGUUAAACGAUUGUUGAAAUGUAUGUGGAAAACUAAUGCACCUCUUGAGCACAAUCAGAGCCCUCUAUGUCACUUUAACAGCACAUGCAAAGGGUGGAGAGUAAAGACUGAUAGAUGGGUAUUGCUAGAUGACGAGGACGAUGAUAUUAACUUGUGUGAGUAUUGUAGAUGGGACCAUGAGUUAGAGUUAUUUUACCAAUUAUUCAAUGUUCAUUAG